UUUAUUCACAAAAAAUUAUUUUGAUAGUUUUUUAAGUAAUGUAAGCGUUUCUACGCAUGGUUGCUUAUUAUAAAGAAGGGGGAAGAUUUAAUACGGAUCUUCUUACGUGGAAAUAAUUGUUUAAACAUAAAAAGUAAUAUCAUCUUUUUUUCUAAAUCCACUUUUGGAGCUAUGAUGUGUUAUGCGACAUUUUUGAUAUAUUAUAAAAGAACAAUAUGCGACGUGCACGCUCGGUUAGCUUACACCGAGGUUACGCUCUACAAAACUUUCACCUCUCGACGCCAAUACCGUUUCUACCGUUGUUUUAUUGAACGCGUCACGAUAUCCAAUCAGAUGCUUCGACACUCGGUGUAUUUGCCAACUUUACCAUUGACCAACUUUCGUUUUCAGUCAUCGCAUCUGUGGGCGGGACCCGACCACUCUAAUAAAAGUAUUAAUAAUCGCCGGAGAAUUUUAUUAACAGCUUAAACAUUAAGGAAAGAGUAUCUGAGGAUAAACUAGCAAAAAUGGAGGAGAAGUUGAAGCAAAAUGACAGAAUUUAACGAAUUAAUUAUACGAGAGAAAAGGGAAAAUUGAAGAACGUUCCUUCUUGAUUUUAUGCAAAUAUUUUCCAAAAAUAACAUCGCCAUAUUUUACUGUUGUUUUUAGAUAACACAUUGCAACGUCAAUUGUAAAAGAAUGUCAGGAAACGUCCCAGAUAUUCCAAAUGUUGAUGUAUAUUUUGAGGAGCAUAUGAAUUCUCAACAGGACUCUCAGCAAAAGUCUUAUUAGGAAGUUAAUUUUUAACUUUUCUUUUUACUGUUUUUGGGCUGCAAUUUGAAAAAAUUGUAGAUCUAUAAAUUCCUAUUGGUGUCCGUCUGUUUGUCUUUCUUUAAUCUAGAGAACGGAAUUACAAAUGCUGUGCUGCAAUUUUUAAUUUCUUUCAUUUAAAAUGUAUGCUCUCCAUCUCAAAUUAGUAGUGGCUUGAUCUAUAUAUUAUACUUUCUCGUUAGCAAUGGAGUCAUGCAGUCAUCUAUUAGCUGCUUUCAAGGAAAGUUUUGAAUUGAAAUAACAUGAUUUCUGGUUCGAAGUUCUUAUGUAGACAUCAAACGUUCUUAUAUAGUUAAUCGGGGUCUCCUGUCCAUGCGGUUUCCAUAUCUGGUUUCGUUAUUCAUCUAUCUAACUCCAUUCUCGAGAUUAAGGAAAGACAGUCGGACGACAGUGAGAAUUUAUAAGUAUAUAAUUUUUUCAAAUUGCAGCCCAAUAAACUUGAGCACAGGUGUAAAUCAAUCUUUAUUUGAUUAUUUUUAGUGAUUAUUAUUUAAAAUAGUUUUAUCUCGGAUGAACGAAAAUUUGUAUUUUAAACAAUUAAUUACGUUUUCAAAUACACAAGAACCGACUGAGGUCUUUUUUAAUUAAAAAAGUUUUUAAGGUUAGCCUAUACUUAUACUUUUUAGAUUUUAAAAAUUCUUCUAUAAGCAUGUUAUAAUUCUAGAAAUCUGGAUUAUGUGUUACGUGUAGCUGUAAUUUUUAUUUUUAAACCAUUUGUAAAUUCACAUUUAUUUUAUUACUAUUAUUUUCUCAUUUCUCGAUAUGAAAUAAAUGUUUAUUAUAACGCAAAUAUCACAUAUAGCAUUUAAUUCUAAAAUAAGAUCUAAAUAACUGUUGUUAUAAUUCCAUUCUGCAUCGAAAUAUCCCCCUCUGUGUGGGUUCUGAGGCCUUUUGCAACAAGCUUAUGGGUUCACUAGGCCCACAAUGAGCUGCUGGCGAUGAAAGUCGGGGUCCCGGUAUAUUCGGAAGGACCAGUCCAAAAAUUUCCUAGGGUUUUCCGACCGCUCGGAAUUCGAUCCUGGAUCCUCCAGAGAGGAAAGUUGACGUCUUAACCGCACAUUAAAAUAUUUAUUGGUUUAAAACGAAGAGGAAGGAGCGCCUCUAGUGCGAGUUCCCAUUUUAUCAGUUUGACAGAUACUAGCUAAAAUGAAAGUUAAAUAUAAGUUACUUUCUUUUCCCAAUUAAAUGUCGUCAAGUUGUUUUCGGAAUGAUAAUUUAAUAUUUAAAGUUAUUUUAAUUGGAGAUUCGAAUGUAGGCAAAACAUGUUUAAUCGAGAGAAUAUGUCACGGAAAAAUUAUUGAAAAUCCCAAAAUUACGAUCGGUUUUGAUUUUUACUCGAAAACUGUCACACGCAAUGGAAAAACUAUUACAUUACAAUUAUGGGAUACAGCAGGAAUGGAACAAUUUCGUCAAGCUAUGCCACAACAUUAUUAUAGAAAUGCAAAAGCAGUAUUAUUUGUUUAUGACAUGACAGACAAAAAUUCUUUUGAUAAUAUUAAUAAGUGGAUUGAAGAAUGCAGGAAUUAUCAAGAAAAUGAUAGAGUUCAUUGGAUUUUAAUUGGGAAUAAAUCCGAUUGUGUUGACAAUAUUGUAAUUUCUACAGAAAUGGCAAAAAAUUAUGCAAAUAAACAAAAGAUGGAUUUAUAUGAAACUUCUGCAAAAAAUGAAAUUGAAUCAAAUACUAUAAAUACGCUUAUGCUUGACUUAGCAAAAAAAUUGGAUACUUCUGAACACAUUGUCGUCAAAAAUGUGCCACGUCCAAUUAUAAUUAAACGAAGAACUCAGGCUCAUACAUCUCUAAUCAGAGAUCAAAUUAUAUCUGAUUCUUUUUGUAGUAAUUGUUAAUGCAAUGAACUGUGAUAUUCGAAAGUUACAUUAACACAUAAUUCAUUUAAACUAACACAGUAUUACAUUUACAAUUAGGGAAACAGCAGGGAUGGAAAAAUUUUGUCAAUCUAUGCCAGCCACAAUAUUAUUGUAGAAAUGAAAAGCAGUAUUAUUUUUUUAUGACAUGACAGAGAAAUUCAUUUGUAGAAAGUACUUCUGAUGAUGGUGAAAAAUUACUGUAUUUUGGUAAAAUCAUUUUCUAUGAAUGCGUCUUUCCAAUGUGCCUUUAGCUCAAUUUUACAGUUAUAUUCAAUUUUUGAAUUAAUAUAUAAUAAAUAAAUGUGUAAAUAAAGUAAAUAAAUCAUGCCUGUUUAUUAUCACAUGCAUAAUAGUAAUAUAUAAGUUUUUGUUAAAAUUAUUUUAUCAAAUCUCUGUCAAAUCAUUAUUUGAUUAUUACUGAAUGAUUGAGUGAUACUCAGUAAUUCAAAAUCAUAAGUAAUUGAACUUCAAAUCCACUUUUGAGUUCAUUUUUGGCAUAUCAAUUUCAGAAAAGAAACAUUCUCAUUAAAUCUAUUCCAUGAAAUGAAAUUGUUUUGAUAUUCAUUCACUUUAACUCUCCUUGUGAAGUGAAUUGUUAUUAUUGUGAACACUUCUACAUUUUCAUAUAUUGGAAUUAAAACAACUAUUGUUCCAUUACAUAAUCAUUUAUAAUUAGUGAAAUAUAUUUAAAAUGUACUUUAACUUUCAAAUAAAUUUUUUGAUUUUGCCAAGUUAGAAAGAAAAUUACAUUAAUGAAACAAUAAAUAUGUAAGGUUGUAUAUUGUUAUUUUAUCUAGAGUUUUUUUGUGUAUUUUUCUGAGGUGGUUUUUAAGAGUUUAAUGACUUUGAAAUAUAUUUUCACUAACAGUUGUCACAAUAGUCAGAACUGUGGUGCUUUUCUCUUUAUGUGCUGUAUUGAUGCUUCCUCAACUUGGUGGAAGAUUUUGGAAUGUACCUCAUGUAUUUGCUGAGUGGUUCUCUAGUCCUAGAGUAAAGGUAUUUCACACAAUCUUGGGGCUGUGGUAAGAUCAAGUGGGGCUUUGUCACUGCAAUAAACCAAAAAUUACAUUGUUGCGCUUUUCCAUUAGUUGCUUGUUUUCCAAUCUAAUAUCCUUUCUGAAGGUGUUAAUUUAAGGGGUUAAAAAGACCUCCCGGAAGGCAUCCCCCUAUAGGCAGAUCGCCCAACCAAAGAAGAUUCUACUGUCGU